AUGGUUUGGGGAGGUUUUCAAAUGAAAAAAUUGGAAAGCCUCAAAAGUUUAGACUUGUUCAACUGUGAGGUGACAAACCUGAAUGACUACAGAGAAAAUGUUUUCAAGCUGCUCCCUCAGUUGACGUACCUCGACGGCUAUGACAAAGAGGAUAAAGAAGCACCCGACUCUGACGCCGAAGCUUACGUCGAAGGCCUAGAUGAUGAUGAGGAUGAUGAAGAUGAGGGAGAAGAGGAGGAGUAUGAUGAAGAUGCAGCUCCAGGAGAUGAAGAUGAAGAGGAGGGAGAGGAGGAUGAUGAGGAAGAGGAGGAAGAAGAGGACAUCAGCGGAGAGGAAGAGGAGGAGGAAGAGUUAAAUGACGGCGAGGUAGAUGAUGAGGAAGACAUUGAGGAGGAGCGGGGUCAGAAGAGGAAAAGAGAGCUGGAUGAGGAAGGGGAGGAAGAUGAUGACUGAACAUGCACUCCCCCUAUUGUGAUCUGACCGUUUAACCCCUGUAUAUCUGUCCUAUUGUCACUCUGCGAUGGUUUGGGGAGGUUUUCAAAUGGUAGGGGGUGGGUUAGUAUAAAGAUUAAAUAUUUGUUUUUAGCUUUUUUGUUGUUGAUGUUGUUGUUGUUUUCUUUUGGUUUGGUUUGUACUUUCAGUUUGAUUCCCUUCAUUUUCGCCAAAAGUUCUUCAAAUGGCUGACAACACCGUGUGGAAAAUUAUUAUUGUUGGAAAAAAAAGACCAGUAUGCUCUUGUAAUUUUCCCCUUGUCUUUACUGUUGAUGCCUAAAUGCUGGUGAUGACUUAU